AUGAGCUUUAACGAUCUUGAGCGCGGGACGGGGUCGACGCGGAGCGGGGCCAGCGACCCCGAGUUUACGCGGGUCAAGGACGCCGUGUCGAUCCAGAUCUUCAAGAUCCAGAGCAACGUACAGGGCAUCCAGCGGCUGCUUGACAAGCUCGGCACAACGUCUGAUGGGCCCAGUGUGCGGACGUCUCUACACAACCUGACCGAGUCGACGCGCGACAUGGUCAAGAAGAGCACGGAUGAGAUCAAGGCGCUCGCCUCGUUCCCUUCUGGCGGAGACGGGCAGGCACAGCGUAAGGCGAUCCAGUCGAGGCUGUCGCGCGAGUACACGUCAGCUCUGCAGGGCUUCCAGCGGGUGCAGCGGCUCAGUGCCGAGCGGCAACGGAGCACGGUAGAGGUGCAGAAGCGUGCAGUCGAGCUGCAGGAGGAGAGCAACGAAGACCGCGACAGCGUCGAGCUCGAACGCGUGCAGCUCCAGACGCAGGCCCAAGCCAUGGCACCGCAGAUUACCCAGUCGGAACUCGAGUUCCAGGAACAGGUGAUUGCCGAGCGCGAGAGCGAGAUCCGCGAGAUUGAGACGGGGAUACACGAGCUCAACGACAUCUUCCGCGACCUGGGCGCGAUCGUCCAGGAGCAGGGAGGGUUGAUUGACAACAUCGAGAGCAACAUUGUCAACGUGCACGCGCACACGACGUCGGCCGCCGAGGAACUCACCUCGGCUCACGAGUACCAGCGCAAGGCCGGCCGCCGCAUGGCCUGCCUGCUCAUCAUUCUCGCCAUUGUCGCGCUGUUCAUCCUCCUCGCCAUCCUUGCCUAG